AUGAAUGAAUUGGAAAAUGAAUUUUUGACUUAAUGUAAUAUAGAGAGUUCAGCAUUUUCACAUUCUUAUGUAUUUAUGAAUGCUAUAAUAAAUAAGAUUGAGCAAAUAUAUAAUGAAGUGCAUUUCAACAAUAUUGCGAAGAGAGAUCAGAUUGCAAGAUUAAGGAAAGAAGAAAUUUAAUAUCAGAUUAAGUAGGAGAAAUAACAAUUGCAUGUUGAAGAGAUCGAGAAGGCUAUGGAACAGAAAUAGUAUUUGAAAAUAGAUUUCGAUAGAACUCUCUACUCAAUAGUAUGCUAAAUUAAUAUCACUAGUUGUUGAGACAGAAAUACAUUAAUGAUUUGGAGGAGCAACUGAGAUUGAUCAACAGUUUCUAUCAAGAUUUGCCUAUUGAGCAUAGGGAAAGUCAAUAGAACAAGAAAUUAAGUUACUUAAGUUAUACCAAAUAUAAAUUAAGUUAUGAGGAAUACAUUAAGUAAUUGGAAAAUAAGAGGGUUGAAGUAUUAGAUAAUUUGGAGAAGGUCAAAAAUGAAACACAGCAGACUCAACAGAACUAUUAUAGUUUAUUGCAAAAAAUAAAAGUAUUUUACACAAUUUUAUAAGUAAGCUUAAUAAACAUUAGCUGAAUAAGAAAAAACUAUACAAUAAUUGAAUGAUCAGAAUGAGACCAACAUUUUUAAAUUGCAUGAGUAAAGAAAAGUAGUGAUAGAUUUGCAAGUGUUAUAAAAAUUAGAAAGGUAUAAAAUUAUAAUAAUGUUCUAAGAAUGUAUUUGACAUUUGAAGAAGAAAUCAACGAAAAUUUUGUUACUGAGGAUAUCAAUAAGGUAGAUUGUAAUAAAGAGAUAUCUGAUUUCAUGCAUACUCAUCCUUUCGGAGUUUCAUUCUUGGUUGAGAAUCUCAUACAGCAAUACAGAAAAUAUCAAGUUCAAAUUGAUAGUGAGUCUUCAAUAGGCUUGGGUUUGAUGGAAGAAAAGCAAGAAUUGCAAUAAGAGUUAAAAGAAUUGAAGGAGUUGUGUGAAAGAUUCUACAUUUAUGAUGAGGUGGAAGAGUCUGAUUCACAAUUUCAAGAUGUCCAGAAAUUGAUGGGAUUCUUAACCAUGAAACAAUCUUAAAAUAACUUUAAGUAGAACCUAUUGCAUAAAGCAGAGUCAUUCAUCAUCAAAGUUUUUGGUAAUCUCUACAAUGCCAUCAAAAGGUAUGAUUAAAUUAUCUAUUCAUUAGAUUCAAUGAUAUAUUUUAGGCAAUCCAUUAGAAGAGAAUGGCAAUAGAUUUGAAAUCAUCUUAGAUUGAUAGCAAAAUCAAAAACUUCUGUGCCAAUACUUCUAUCGGACAUUAUUCACUAUCCUUAUAUUAAUUCAUAAACAAUCCGCUAACUUCUACUCAACCAGAUCUAUAUCAUUAAAUAUAAAAUGUAUUGCUAUUAUCUUAUAUAGAGUAUCAUUCUAAAAUUGUAUGUAAAUGAAGAUGCCUUGAAUUAAUUUUUAUAAGCUGGAUCUACUUUCAUCAAACUAUACUUAAAAGCCUCAGAUUAUUACUCCAAUUAAAUUCACACAAUGAUUGAAUUAAUACAUUCAAUAAAUUAAAUACCCAAAAGGUCUAAAUUUUCUUAUAAUGAUUCCCCUUUAUUUUAAUAAAACUACAAAAGCAAAUUGAGCAUAGAAUUGUCUCAAAAAAAAAUAUCACUGAGAACUGAUAUUGAAUCAAGGGCUUAAGUUUAAGUGAAUUUUAAGACUAAAACAACGAAACGCAAUUCCUUUACUAGUACAAUAGGAAGUACAAGAAGAAUUCAAUAGGAUGUCAAUGAAGAAAACUAUUUAGAAUCUGAGAGAUAAAAAAUAAUAAAUCCAAAAAGUAGUAUUUCGAAUACUAUUAAAAUACCAUCAGAAUAAUAAAAAUAUUGUGAUAUUUUAAGUGAGAGAGGACAUGGAUUUGAAAAAAAAGUGAUUAUUCAAAAUUUUAAAUCAUUGAUCAAAUUGAGAUAAAUUAAAGUAUCAUUAUUUUGUAAAUUAAAAAAUAGAGAAAGUUUAAGACAAACCCAGUAACUCCCAAAAGCAUUAUUGGAUCAUCAUUAAUUUUUAAAUCAACUUAUAAAUGA